GGCGCGCUUCCUCGUUUGGCUUCCGGCAACUCGCAUCUAUACCUCCCAUACGCAUGCGCUUGUCUGUCCUGUCCUCUGUCAGCUGAAAGAUGGCGGCCUCUGUGUGUAGAGCCGGGAGCGCGGUUGGCAAAGCUUUCCUUGGAACUCGUUCGCCAGCUUUGCUAAGUCUGAAGAGGAAUCAGAGUGCUGUAUCCUAUGCACAAGCCCUGCAAAACAUUCCCGAGACUCAGCUAUCUACUCUGGAUAAUGGGCUCCGUGUAGCUUCAGAAGAUUAUGGUCAGGCCACCUGCACUGUGGGGGUGUGGAUCGCAGCCGGUAGUCGCUAUGAAACUGAAAAAAACAAUGGCUCAGCAUAUUUUCUGGAACAUCUGGCGUUCAAGGGAACAAAGAAACGUCCACAGGCAGCAUUGGAGCAGGAGGUAGAGAGCUUGGGCGCUCAUUUAAAUACAUACACGUCAAGAGAGCAGACGGCUAUCUAUAUAAAAGCUUUGUCUAAGGAUUUGCCAAAGGCCGUUGAGAUCUUGGCUGAUGUGGUUCAGAACAGCAGCUUAGAGGACUCUCAGAUCGAGAAGCAGCGGGAAGUGAUUCUCCGUGAGAUGAAGGAGAUUGAUGGCAACUUGCAGGAAGUAGUGUUUGAUUACCUCCAUGCAACUGCUUAUCAAGGAACUGCUCUCGGGCGUACGGUUAUGGGUCCGUCAGAGAAUGCAAAGAAGCUGACUCGAGCAGAUCUGGUUGAGUAUGUGAGCAGUCACUAUAAACCCCCUCGGAUGGUUCUUGCUGCAGCAGGAGGAAUAAACCAUAAGGAGCUGUGCGAUCUUGCUCGGCGCCAUUUUACUGGAGCGUCCAGUGAAUUUGAGAGCGAUACUGUGCCCCUUCUGCCUCCUUGUCGGUUUACUGGGAGUGAGAUCCGUGCCCGUAACGACGACUUGCCACUUGCCCACCUUUCCAUAGCUGUGGAAGGUCCUGGUUGGAAUAACUCUGAUAAUAUACCUCUACUAUUGGCUAACUCAAUCAUUGGCAAUUAUGAUGUGACCUAUGGAGGAGGAAAGAACCUUUCCAGUAAACUUGCAAGAACUGCUGCGGAGCAUAAGCUGUGCCAGAGUUUUCAGACUUUCAACACUCGUUACUCUGACACUGGGCUCUUUGGAAUCCACUUUGUUACUGAUAAACAUAACAUUGAAGACAUGCUGCAUGUGGCCCAAGGCGAGUGGAUGCGUCUGUGUACCAGUGUGACAGACAGCGAAAUAGUACGCGCCAAAAAUGUCCUGAAAUCUGCACUUGUGGGCCAGCUUGAUGGAACUACUCCUGUGUGUGAAGACAUUGGGCGUCAGGUCUUGAACUAUGGUCAGCGCAUUUCCUUGGAAGAAUGGAAUUCCAGAAUUGAUGCUGUGAGCGCCAAAAACGUGCGUGACGUCUGCUCCAAAUACCUGUAUGAUAGAUGCCCAGCGGUUGCAGGAGUCGGUCCUAUUGAGCAGAUCCCUGACUACAAUCGUAUCCGCAGCGCCAUGUAUUGGUUACGUUUCUAAACCUUGACUCACAGCAGUGACUUUUCUGGCAAACUAAAGGAACUUGUAUGGGAGAUUAGACAAAGGAUCACGUUUAUUUUUUUUUGUCUUGACUUUGAGUACAUGGACAGCAAUUUUAGAAACCUCUGCUGCUAUUUGAACUAUAAACUCCCAGUUUGCAGCAGCUAUGACAUACGUCCAAAUGCGUUUAUCUUUGUUUUUUCUGUACUGUGCAAAGCCUGUAACAUCAAUGAAAGUUUAAUAAAUGUAAUUUAAAACAAA